AUGAACACAUACAUGAACGAUGCAGAAGUUCGAGAAACGCUUAAAAUUCCGACUGGCUUGCCACCAUGGGAAGUCUGCAGCAACGAGGUGAAGGCUGCAUAUCUAGAACAAUACAUGGACAUGGCACCACUCAUCAAGGACAUCAUCGCGGCAAAUAUUCGAGUGCUUCUCUACUACGGAGACACGGAUAUGGUUUGCAACUUCUUGAUGGGCCAGAAGUUCUCCCAUGGGCUUGGAUUGGAGCAAACUCUAGGCAAAACUCCAUGGUUGUUCAAUCAUCAAAUCGCCGGAUUCAAGACACUAUACAAGGGACUAACUUUUAUUACAGUGCGAGGCGCUGGCCACAUGGCUGCAAAAUGGAAAGCUCCGCAGAUGCACUACGCUAUUCAGCAAUUUUUGUUCGAUCGUCCCAUUUGA